UCUCCAGUUCCACGAAGGCUUGUGGGGACGCCCAUGGAGAGUUUGUAGAUAAAUCGUUGAGGAUCUGGUCCAGGCGAACACUUACCCUCCUGGUCCUGAGUGAUUUUAGUUGAGCGGCUUUAACUCGGUUCCAGUUCCUGCUGACCAUGUCUCUUAUUUUCCCCUCAGUGCAGACCCGCAGCGGCUCCCGCAAAAGCACCGGCAGCUCUGUCAUCCUGAGCUCCUCCAAGUCGGGGAGGCUGAGCGUGGCCAGUGCAGGGUCCAAGAGCCGCCGAGCUGUCAGCGUCUACAGCAAUCCAAUCCGCAGCACCCGCAUCUCCACCGCCUCCUCCGGCUAUGGAGGCUUAUACUCCGGGGGUUACAGCUCAGGGUCGUUCGGGCUCUUCAGCGUCAAUGAGAAGCAGACCAUGCAGAACCUGAAUGACCGCCUGGCGUUAUACCUGGAGAAAGUGCGCAGCUUGGAAAAGUCCAACAACCAGCUGGAGCGGCAGAUCAGGGAGUUCUAUGAGAAGAGAACACCAUCAGGAACCAAAGACCUGGGAAGCUAUUGGAAAACGAUUUCCGAGCUCCGAGCGCAGAUCAAUGAUGCUUCUCUUGCCAAUGCCAGGGUCCUGCUGCAGAUUGACAAUGCGAAACUGGCUGCAGAUGACUUUAAAACCAAAUAUGAAGCCGAGUACUCCAUCAGAUGUGGAGUGGAGAUGGACAUUGCUGGGUUGCGCAAGGUCCUGGAUGAACUGACCUUCACUAGGAGUGAUCUGGAGUCACAGAUUGAACAACUGAAGGAAGAAACAAUUUACACCAAGAAAAACCACGAAGAAGAGCUGAAGUCUCUCCACAAUCAAAUCCGUGGCACAGUCACAGUAGACGUGGAUUCCACCCCGGGUACAGAUUUGACCAAGGCUCUGGCCGAAAUUAGAGAAAAAUACGAAUUAAUAUCAGCGAAAAACCAGAAGGAGGCAGAAUCCUGGUACAAGGAACAGUCUGCAAAUCUACAACAGACAGUGGUUACUAACACUGAGAUGAUACAAACAGAAAAGUCACAACUUACCGAACAGAGACGGAAACUACAGGCGUUGGAAAUUGAGCUUCAAACAAUGCUGAGCGUGAAAAUGUCCCUGGAAGACAGUCUCCAGGAGAUAGAAGAUCGCUAUGCUGUGGAGCUCAACAGACUUCAGGGUAUCAUGGCUGACCGGGAAGCAGAGUUCAUGCAUAUUCAAACUGAAAUGGAGCGAAAAACCCAAGAAUACGCACAGCUUCUAGAUGUCAAAAGCAGACUAGAGAUGGAGAUUGCUACAUACCGUCACCUCCUAGAGGGAGAAGAAGAUAGAUAUGUAACUGAAAUCAAAACAGAAACUGUCCAUGAUCCAACAGUGGUGACAACCAAAAAGGUCGUGACCAUUACUGAAACGAUCGUUGAUGGGAAGGUCGUUGAGUCACAUCAAGAAGUCAAUGUGAAGUAACCAAACUCUCCUUGCCCAGAGUUGGUCUUGAUGAUCCUCAGACUACACUAAAAUCUAUUAGCUGCUUUAUAACAUUUUGUCCAUUGGGUUUUCUCUGGUCUUUAAUAAAGUGGUUUUGAGUAUUG